AUGACCGUGAUGUGCUUACUUUGGACGGAGGAUUCCCGAACGGGUGGUUAUGAUAGUGUAUCAUCCAAGGGAAUUCAUGUGAUGUCCACCGAAAUGUCGACGAUGGCAGCAGGCAACCUUUCGUUAGCUCCAGUAGCGACUCAGUUUAAUAGUGGUAUGUCAAAUCGUUUUCUCGAUAAACUUCUGUCGUUCAUGGUGAAUUCACCUCUUUAUCGGAACUUCGAUGCAAAACUCAGCGCGUCACCUGCAAUUGCCACCCUCGAAGCCAUGCUGGGAACUGAUUCAAAUGAACAAGAGGCAAAUCCAAAUCAAAAGAAGCAUGUACUGGCUUGCCCCAUUUGUUAUGACACAUUAAUAUGGAAUGGUGAUCCAGUUUUCUCAGUAGAUUCUACCCCUCGAUCUAUCCUAAAAUGUAGCAUCUGUAAAAAGUCCUACAGUGGUAAUGAAACACAUCUUGAUCUAACAGUAGCCAGUGGCACCAAGAAAUAUGGUGAAUACAAGCCUGCUUCUUCUGAGCUUUUCAGGUUGCCUAUAGUAUCAUUCUUGUAUGAAAGAGGCUGGAGACAGGGUUUUUCAAUAUGGGGUGGUUACCCGGGCCCACAGAAGGAGUUUGAAAUGAUGAAAGAUUAUCUUAAUCCAGUAAUUGGAGGAAGUAUUAUUGAUGCUAGUUGUGGUAGUGGAAUGUUCUCAAGGCUUUUUAAAAAAAGCGGGCUGUUUUCUCUUGUUGUUGCUCUAGAUUAUUCAGAGUCCAUGUUAAAACAGUGUUAUGACUUCAUCAAGCAAGAGGAAAACAUAUCAAACGAGAACUUAAUCUUGGUUAGAGCUGAUAUUGCACGACUCCCAUUCGCUUCAAGUUCUAUAGAUGCUGUGCAUGCUGGUGCAGCCCUUCAUUGUUGGCCCUCACUAACUGCUGGUAUAGCUGAAAUAAAUCGAAUUUUACGUCCUGGAGGAGUUUUUGUUGCCACAACUUACAUAGUAGAUGGCCCUUAUUCAUUUAUACCCUUUUUAUCACUUAUACGCGAGACUCUUAGUCAGGUAACAGGAAGUCGUAUCUUUCUAUCUGAAAGUGAACUUAAAGACUUGUGCAAAACCUAUGGACUGGUAGAUAUUACAUGUGUCAGAAACAGACAAUUUGUUAUGAUCUCUGCCCGAAAGCCCGCAUGAACAUGCCCGAAUUGCCUUAGAAUAUCUUAAAAGAUAACGUGUAACAUUUGUAUCAUGAAUAAUUUGCAAGAAAUUGAUUUAAAUGUAAAUGUGAAGGAGACUAAAGUUCUCUACCUAACUGUAUAGAAGUUAUC